AUGACGCAUCCCACCGACGACGAUGACUUGGACGCCCUCCUCGAUGACUGCAUAAACACAAUGGACGAGCAGGAGCGACGCCACGAGGAGGAGAUAAAGGCGCGUGACGCGGUCCGUGAAGAGGAGUUAGAAAAGGCGCUCGCCUCAUCCGACGAGGGUAGUGUGGCGCAGAUACUUCAGUCUCUCAUUGGAAACGGUGCUGACAACGCCACCACAGACCCCGAGGCCUUGCUUGACAAGCUGAAGGCGGAGAUUACAAACAUGGCCUCCAUGGUCGACGAUUUGCCGGACUUGAGCGAGGAGGAGCGUACCAGUCUCGCGCAGGUGAGACAGAUGCUCGACUCGCUGCAGGGUAAUGGUGAGGCGCCGCCGCCCCUGUCUGCCGAGGGUGGGGCAGCGGGUGAGGGCGACGAGGCUUUCGACAGUGUGAUGAAGAAGUGUAUCGCGGACAUGGAGCGUCUAGCAGGAAAUAGGGAGGGCGGAACGGCGCCAACAGCGAACGCAUCCGAGACGUCAGGGUUGGGCACCGCUUCUGCUGGUGGUGCUUCAGCAGAUCCAAUGGCUGGUCUGACAGGGAUGGUUCUCGACUUCCUGAUCGACCCACAGCUGCUGGAGCCGCUGAAGGUGAUGAGGGAGUCGUACCCGUGCUGGCUGGCCCAGCAUGAGAGUAGCACAAGUGCUGAAGACCUGGAGCGGUACCGGAAACAGCAUGACCUCACAAUUAAGAUUUGUGAUCUCCUGGGUGAGGGUCCCAUUGACCGCAACGAUGAAGAGAAGGUAAACCAGAUAGUUACAUUAAUGCAUGAGCUCUCUGUACUGGUGCCCCUGCCGCCUGGACUCUCUGACGUGGAUGUGAAGUCAUCGAAGUGA